UUUGCUUCUGCAAGGUUUGGGGUGGAGUAUGCGCACUCUACUCUCUCACUCACAUUCCCUGAUGUUCCUCCUUGACCCAAUUUUUGCUCAUGGGAUUUCCGGUUCAUUCCAUCUAGUUUUGUUACUUUUGUUGUUUGCCUUUUUUGUGUUUAAGAGGGUUGAGGGAGGUUAUGUUAAGGAGUUGAAAGACAAGGUUAAGGACAGGUGGGUUUUGUGGCAUAAACAGAUCACCUUGUUCUGUUGUUUAGCUGUUUCUGGGUUUAAUGCCGCUCUGUGUUUGUUCAGCUAUUUCUAUGGGCUUAGGAAUGGUUGGUUCUUAGAUGAACUCGUGAUGCUUUCUGAUUUAGUGCUGAAAACACUUGCUUGGGGUGCAAUUUCUCUUUACGUACAAACCAAAUUCUCUGCUUCUGGUGAACAGAAUUUCCCAUUUUUCUUGAGUAUCAUCUGGUGGUUUUAUCUGUUGAUUUCUUGUUAUUGUCUUGUCAUAGACAUUGUUCAUACCAAAAUGCACACCUCCUUACCAAGUCAGUAUUUAGUGUCUGAUAUUUUCUCUUUUAUCACCGGUUUGCCUAUCUGUUUUGUGUGUUUUCUGAACAGAAAUAGGGGCAAAGGCACCCUUCUUAAGGAACCCCUUUUGGAUGUAGAUUCCAGUCUAGAGUCAAACAAGUCCGGAGAAGGUGACUAUGUAACCCCUUUCUCAAAUGCAAGUAGUUUUAGCAUUCUUACAUUCUCUUGGAUGGGGUCUUUAAUCACGCUAGGCAAUAGGAAGAAGAGUUUAGACAGUGAGGAUGUUCCUCAACUGGAUAGCCAUGACAGUGUGGUUAAGUGUUUUCCAAAUUUUGGAAAUAUGCUCAAGUCUGCUGGUGGUGUUGGUAGUGGGGUGACCACACUAAAGCUGGUAAAGGUGUUGUUCCUUCUAGUAUGGAAAGAGUUUCUCUGGACAGCUUUUUUGACACUUUUGGAAACUGUUGCUUCAUAUGUCGGUCCAUAUCUCAUUGACACUCUUGUUCAAUACUUCGAUGGGCGGCAGGAGUUUAAAAAUGAGGGGUUGCGGCGAAUUGGAAUCAGAAUUAGAGUAGUACUGGUGACAAUGAUUUACAACAAGGGUUUGACCCUCUCAUGCCAAUCGAUGCAGAACCACACUAGUGGGGAAAUUAUCAAUUUCAUGACAAUUGAUGCGGAAAGGGUUGGUAACUCUAGUUGGUACAUUCAUGAUCCGUGGAAGGUCAUUCUGCAAGUUGCUUUGUCAUUGUUUAUCUUGUAUAGAAAUCUUGGAAUAGCUUCAGUUGCAGCUUUUAUUGUGACUGUACUCCUUAUGUUAGCAAAUUUUCCUUUUGGGAAGUUAGAGGAGAAGUUUCAGGAGAAGAUGAUGGAAUCAAAAGAUAAAAGGAUGAAGGCAACAUUGGAGAUAUUAAGGAAUAUGAGAAUUCUUAAGCUUCAAGGCUGGGAAAUGAAGUUUCUGUCAAGGAUUUUUGAGCUCAGGAAUGUAGAGACAGGAUGGUUAAAGAAGUAUGUUUACACCUCUACUGUGACCAGGUUUCUAUUUUGGGCAGCACCGAUUUUUGUAUCGGUGGCCACCUUUGGUGGUUGUAUGCUUCUGGGAAUCCCACUUGUGUCCGGAAAGAUCAUAUCUGCAAUUGCUACAUUCAAUAUUCUUCAAGGGUCUAUCAAUAGUCUUCCUGAAACGAUUUCAGUGAUUGUUCAAACAAAGGUUUCUCUUAAUAGAAUUGCAUCUUUCUUUUGUCUGGAUGACUUGCAUUCUAAUGUAGUAGAGAGGCUUCCAAGAGGUACUUCUGAUAUAGCCAUUGAGAUUGUUGAUGGGAAUUUCUCCUGGGAUUUAUCUACUACAAAUGUCACUCUGAAAGAUAUAAAUUUAAAAGUGCACCAUGGUAUGAGGGUUGCAGUUUCUGGUAUUGUUGGCUCUGGCAAGUCAAGUUUCCUUGCCUGUAUUUUGGGUGAAAUUCCCAAAAUAACUGGGACUGUAAAGUUGUGUGGUUUGAAGGCCUAUGUUGCCCAGUCACCUUGGAUACAGAGUGGUAGCAUUCAAGAGAACAUAUUGUUUGGUAAGGGGAUGGACAGGCAAAGGUAUGAGAUGGUGCUUGAAGCUUGUUCCCUCAAAAAAGACCUUGAAAUCCUCCCAUUUGGUGAUCAGACAGUCAUUGGUGAGAGAGGAAUCAAUUUGAGUGGAGGGCAAAAGCAGAGAAUACAGAUUGCACGUUCUCUCUACCAAGAUGCUGAUAUCUAUUUGUUUGAUGAUCCUUUUAGUGCUGUGGAUGCUCAUACUGGAUCUCACCUUUUUAAGGAAGUUUUGUUGGGCAUCUUGAAAUCGAAAACUGUUAUUUAUGUUACUCAUCAAGUUGAGUUCUUGUCUGCUGCUGAUUUAAUCUUGGUCAUGAAAGAUGGAAGGAUUACUCAAGCUGGAAAAUAUGAUGAAAUUCUUUGUCAAGGAACUGAUUUUAUGGAACUUGUAGGCGCACAUGAGAAGGCUUUGUUAGCCCUUGAUACAGUUGAGGUGGUAUCUGUUUCUUCAGAAGCAAGUAUGAGCAAAGAUGAUGUUGUGAGUGGAAUAGAAGAAAUUGAAAGUAUUCAAAAUGGUAAAACUGAUGACAUUGUUGGGUCUAAAGGACAACUUGUUCAAGAAGAAGAGCGAGAGAAAGGGCGUGUUGGGUUUUCAAUCUACUGGAAGUACAUUACAACUGCAUAUGGAGGAGCUCUAUUUCCCUUUGUAGUGCUGGCACAGAUUCUGUUUCAGCUUCUUCAGAUCAGUGGCAAUUGGUGGUUGGCCUGGGCAACUCCUGCCUCAACAGAUGUCAAGCCUGCAGUUGGGAACUCUACAUUAAUAAUGGUCUAUGUAGCUUUGGCCUUUGGAAGUUCUUUGUGCGUCCUUGCCAGGGGCAUGUUUCUUUAUACAGCUGGAUACAAAACGGCCAAUCUAUUGUUCAAUAAAAUGCAUUACUGCAUUUUCCGUGCCCCCAUGUCUUUCUUUGAUGCCACCCCAAGUGGGCGUAUACUAAACAGGGUUUCUACGGAUCAAAGUGCAGUGGACUUGAGAAUUCCAGAUCGAUUUGGGGGUACCGCCUUCACAUUGAUCCGACUGCUUGGAAUCAUCGCAAUGAUGUCUCAAGCUGCAUGGCAGGUCUUCAUUGUUUUUAUUCCUGUGAUUGCUACUUCCAUCUGGUACCAGCAACAUUACAUAUCUUCAGCCCGAGAACUUUCAAGAUUGACUGGUGUACGCAGAGCUCCAAUAAUACAACAUUUUGCAGAAACAAUUUCAGGAUCAACAACAAUUAGGAGCUUUGAUCAACAAUUGAGAUUCAGAGAGACAAACAUGAAACUGAAUGACUAUUAUUCUCAGCCAUUAUUUUAUAGUGCUGGGGCAAAUUCAUGGUUGUGCUUCCGCCUAGAUAUGCUAUCUUCUAUCAUGUUUGCCUUCUUUUUGGUCUUCUUAAUCUCCAUUCCACAGGGAGUAAUUGAUCCAGGCAUUGCUGGCUUAUCCGUUACAUAUGGAAUCAGUCUAAAUAGGUUGCAAUCUUCUAUGAUGUGGGGUCUAUCCUAUUUGGAGAAUGGAAUUGUAUCGGUUGAGAGAAUACUUCAGUACAGUAGCAUUCCCAGUGAGUCACCUCUAGUGAUAGAAAGAGAUCGUCCAGCCCAUGCUUGGCCAUCAUUCGGAGAAAUCCAUAUUCAUGAUCUGCAGGUACGGUAUGCCCCAAAUUUGCCACUUGUGUUGCGAGGCCUUACAUGCACUUUUCCAGGAGAAUUGAAAACUGGUAUCGUAGGGAGAACAGGAAGUGGUAAAUCAACACUUAUACAAACACUUUUUCGGAUUGUUGAACCUGCAGCUGGUCAGAUUAUAAUAGAUGGUGUCAACAUUUCAUCCAUUGGAUUGCAUGAUCUACGGUCAAGACUAAGCAUCAUUCCUCAGGAUCCUACUAUGUUCGAAGGGACAGUACGGAGCAAUCUGGAUCCUCUUGAAGAGUACACUGAUGAACAGAUUUGGGAGGCUCUGGAUAAGUGCCAACUUGGAGAUGAAGUUAGGAAGAAGGAAGAGAAACUAGAUUCUACAGUCAGUGAGAAUGGAGAGAAUUGGAGCAUGGGACAGAGACAGCUUGUCUGUCUUGGGCGUGUGUUGCUGAAGAAAAGUAAGGUCUUAGUGCUUGACGAAGCUACUGCAUCUGUGGACACAGCUACUGAUAGUCUAAUUCAGCAAACUCUAAAGAAACACUUCAGUCGCUGUACUGUCAUAACCAUUGCACAUAGGAUAACUUCUGUUCUAGAUAGUGACAUGGUCCUGUUUUUAAAUCAAGGAGUUGUGGAAGAAAAUGAUUCUCCAGCAAAAUUACUCGGAAACAAGUCUUCCUCUUUUGCUCAACUUGUGGCUGAGUACAAUGCAAGAUCAAAUUCUAGUUUCCACCAUUGAACAUCAGCUGAUAUAAGUGGAAGUUGUUUUCUAGUUAUUGGACUCCAUAAGACUUGUUAUUUGCAAUUCAAGCUUCAGAAUUUUAUGUAUGGAUGUCUCAAUAACUUUCACUUUGUCAUGAUGCUAUGCUACUUACCAAGAGACCCAUCGAAAGUAGAAAACAAAAAGUAAGAACUUUU